UACCAUCUUGAGCUUCCGAAGGAGCUCCGAGCAAGGGGCAUUCAUGACACGUUCCAUGUGUCCCUUCUUUGGCCACACUUCCCGAAUGAUGACCAGAGGUUUCCUGGCAGGCAGUACCACCAGCUGCCGCAUUUUGGCAAGCAGCCACGUGAAUGGGCGGUCGAUCAAAUUUUGUCCCAUUUGGGUUGUGGUUCAGACACCGAGUUUGAAGUACAGUGGACAACUGGAGAUGUCACUUGGGCACCCUAUCGGGAUGUUCAGCACCUCCAGGCACUCACUGAGCACUUUGAGGCUCUUGGGGUGGUCAGUGUGAACCACCUA